CUAAUUAGCCUAACACAACAAUAGUCUGCUCUCCACUGUAAAUUACUAACAUUAGGUAUAGGCUUUCUACAUUAUGCAAUUCACAUGUUUAAAAAAUGUGGCUAUGACUUGGAUUCUACGAACAUGAUCCCUUGACGUUGACUUAGACAAAUAAAUGCAGGGGUUAAUUUUUUUCUUCACAAAACCAGUUUUGCAGAUGAAUGUUGAUGAUUGCUGAAGAGAAAAGCAAACAUUUUUACUCAGAGUAAACAGUAAAAGUAGUUUGAACCGAGGCCUGAGUCACAGCUCAAAAAAUGAAAUUACUGCACUGUAUUAAAGUAUUAAAUAUGGUGUUCACAUUUUCUUAUAAGACGGUCCUUUGGAUAGAACUUUACUUUAUACGUUGAGAAACCUCUCUGAGGUCAAAAUGAGUGUUUCUAACACUGCGGGGGUUCCUUGGAAGGGAUGUAAGUGCUCCUUUACACAAACAGCUCUUAACCUACCCAGCCCUGUGUAACAGUGUUAUGCGUAACACAAUAUAACUAAGGCCCGCUGUAACCCUUCACCCUCUGCAUUGGAGCUAAGAUUAGUAGGUGGCCCCUGUAUAGAAAAUUAGCAUUUCAUGCUAGAAUUGCAAUAUAUGUGUGUCUUUAAGUCACAAGGAGCAUGUUAUUGUUGUAUAACAAUUGAAAUAAUAUGUUUAAAAAAUAACAUAAAUAACCACAUUAAACCAUAAUUUAUUUGAUGCUUUUAUUUAAUAGGACGCGUUUGUAAAAAGUCAAGAGGAUUCGAUCACCUGAAGUGAAUAAAAAAGCGUAUAUCAAUUCUUAGUGCGUGUCAGACUUUUCGUGACUCCUUGUGUCUUCAGUUGUGAGCAUUAGAACAGAGCCUUGUGUCACUGCUGAUCUUGUUACAUCUAGUGCAUGCUGUAGCUGUCAUCUGAACACCAAAUAGCUUCUCUGUUAUGCCAGGCAUCGCUUUUCUUUAAUGCACUCUGUCAGGCACUCACAGACGGUUCCUUUUUAAAUGGUUAUAUUUUAAAUAGAAUCUAAUUGAUUGGUAAUGUCAUAAACCAUUCAUUUGUCCCAUAUAACAAGCCACAGUCAUUUUCAGGACAAGGCUGUAAAAAAACAUACUCAGUUGCUUGCAUAUUUGCAUAUGUGUGUUAGUGACAGUCACCAUCAUUAAUACUGUAGGUCCAAGGCCAGUGGUGAUCAAGCUGUUAGUAAUCUGAUGUCCUUUAUCAAAAAAUAAAAGAAUGUAAGAUUAUUACAAAGAGAAAGAUUGAGAAGUUAGUCAACACAUGGUAUAGAGAGGAAAGCGUGAGAAAAGAAGCAGGAAAAUGUUGGAAGGAAGAGGUGGGGAGGAUAAAAAAGGCAGAGAGAACAAUAGAUUUCUUUAAAUAAGUCUCCUUAAGCUGUAUUUGUGACUCCAAAAUGCAUUGUUUGUUUAAGCAGACAUGAUGGAAGUAGCAGAGAAGCUAACCGCAUUGGUGCUUAACGUCUCACCCAGUUCAUCCUUAAACAAAUGACGCCACAGAAACAGGGGGAUUGUUUUUGAGAAGAGGCUCGGGGAGGGAAUGGGAGGCAGGCUGAACAGAGGUGCUAAAUGAAAGAGAGAUUCUUCAGCUUGCUCCAUGCUGUCACUGCUCUUGAUCCCCACUUUGCCGUGCAUUUCCCUGAGGGUGGACAGAGGAGGAAAUGCAGCUGCCAGCAGCAUGUCCUGUUUCCUGUGUUUGUCUUUACCUAUUAUGCGCUUCCUGCUCAGGGUAAAAAAAACAGAGAUGGAAAGAGAGACAAGCAGAGAGUCACAGAGCGACAGAGCUUUUCUUACACAAAGAAAGGACUGAAAAUAGAGCAAAGACGUGGUACUGACUGCGGACAGAAAGAACGGGACGGGAAAAGAAAAAAUAAAGGAAAGAGAAAUGAAAAGGAGAUAAAAAUGGGGGCACUGAAGGCCAGACUGUGGAGGAAAGGGAGUGGCUCUCAUAGUCAAACACAAAGAUGGAAGAAAGAUAGGAAGCCAUUCUUCGGCGGUGUGGUUAGUGCCCUGCGGUCAGACUGACCUCAGAAGGGUCUGGGUUUAAUCCCCUGCUGGGUAGUAUCAAAGGCUUUUAAGGGGGUCCCCACUGCCUCAGCAUUAACAGAGAUUGGUCAGGGUAAAGGCCUGUGAUAGGCUGAUAUCGCUGCCCAGCCACUGUGCUUCUUCAUCAACAGAAAACAGGAAAACACCUGAUGGCAUGAAACUGCUGAAGCCUCCAGUACCCCUCACAGAAUGAAUGAGGAAUGAACACAGCUCUUUAUCACUUAAAAUCUAUAUAUGACUUGGAUUCAACAUUUGCGCCCGGGCAUUAGUUACUUUCUCCACAAAAAACUUAGUUUGUUUUAGUAAUGAACAAUUUCAUUUUAAAAUUCAGGGUUUACACUGAAUUCAAUACAAGGAUUUUAUUUGUUGUGAUCUAGAGUCAAGAACAAAUGUUGAUUGAAUGGAGGCCUGCCUGAACCUUAGCUGACCAUAUUAUGACACUUUACUGUGAAGGAAGUUUCAUUUGUGAUUGAAGUUCCUGAGUUAGAAGAUUGAGUCUAAUCUCAGCAGUGACAAUGGAGUAAUGACCCAAGCUGAAAUACAUUUAGCUGUAGUGUUUGACAAACUGGUCUUUGUAAGUUGCUCUGGAUAAGAAUGUCUGACAAAUGCCAGUAAUGUAAUGUAACAGGUAACCCAACAAUUCAUCAAAAUUCAGCACAACGGAAAGGAUUUUCCCUAGUAAACAUGUAUCAACUUGCUUUUGUGAUUAGUGCCUAUGACAGGUAUUUGUUGCCUAGUUGUUUAAAUUAAUUGCUGUUAUAUUGUGUGGUAGUAUCUGUGCUGCUCUUCAGACAGGCUAGUUUUGUGUUCCUAAGUGGACUGGAAGACGUGAAAUGGUUUUGAAAUUGAUCCACUACAGAACAAUAUCUCUCUGCUGAUCUCCACUUUCUGCAGUGUCUGCUGCAGCCACUCUGUCAAACAGGUUUGUCAGUAUAGGAACAGCUAUAGAGAGCUAUAAGCAGGGGGAGGGAGAGAGAGAAAGAGAUUUGAAACGAAGCACUGUGCAGCCAGUAGCGACAGGCUGUGUGAGGUGUGUGUACUGUGGGUGUGCCACUGUGACGUUCACACAGAAGGAGGGGGGGGGGGAGGUGGUGGGGGUGGCCUAGCGACGGCUUCAGGUGUGUUUGCCUGUGAGAGAGAAAGAAAGAGGAAGACAAACAAAGGAAAAACGGUGGCAAAACAGACACUCAGACACAAGACACGAGGCCGGAGGAGAAAUACAUCUCAAAGAGCCAGAUGAAAGAGAACACUGGAGAGAGCCUUUUCUCCCAGAUCGAGAAGAUUUCCAGGAAGCUUGCUGUGCUCGGCCCGUCUAGACUUGUUAAGUCCAAGGUGGAGUCUUCACCAAUGAAAACAACAUGGUACUGCCCAUUGGACACGUCGUCGGUGUCAGAAAAGGCGGAGGACGGGGUGAUCUAUACAGUUGUCGUGAAACAACAGAAUGUCUCCACCACCUGUCCAGCGCCAAAGACCAUGCGCUCUCAGUGCGUGAAAGCGGGAAAAGAAGAGAAGCUGGUCCUUCACCUCCUGCACUCCUUUUCUAUGGGGGACUCCUCCUAUGUCUCGAUAUUCCUCUCCACCUACCGUUCCUUCACCUCCACACAGAGAGUGCUGGAUAUCCUUACUGACAGACUGGAGCACCCGCCUGGGGAGAACAGCCGGAGCCAGAUCAGACUGGCCUUCAACAUGGCAGUGUGUUCAGUCUUUAGUGCAUGGCUGACUGAGUAUCCAGAGGACUUCCGGUCCCUCGCAGAUCCAACCCCCAUCCUCCGUCUCGUCCCCUUCCUGCCCACAGACUCCUCUGGGUCAGAGGUCAAAGGUCGGCUACUGAAAAUCGCUGAAGAACUGAGUGAAAAGUCACUGCUGUGUCACUCUCCUACAGAUAGCAUCACCUCUGUGUUCACUCCCACUGACCCUGCCAAGUUUGAUGCCACCAACAUUCUGGGCUUCGCUGGUCAAGUGAUCGCCGAGCAGCUGACCAUGAUCGAGACGGAGCUGUUUCUUCGCCUGGUUCCCUACCACUGUCUGGGCUCUCUGUGGUCCCAGCGGGAUAAGAAGGGAAGAGAGGGGCUGUGCUGGUCGGUCCGGGCUACGGUUCGGCAGUUUAACCGGCUGGCCAAUGCCGUAACGGCUUCGUGCCUGUGGAACACGGGCCUGCGGACCCAGCAGAGGGCCCGGCUCCUGGAGAAGUGGAUUCGUGUUGCAGAGGAGUGUCGUGCCAGGAAGAACUUCUCUUCGCUAUACGCCAUUGUGUCUGCUCUGCAAAGCAACUCCCUUCACCGGCUGAGGAGGACCUGGGCAGAGACUGACAGGGAGGCAGUGAGGAGGUAUGAAGAGCUGUCAGACAUCUUUUCUGAGAAAGACAACUACUCCCAUAGCCGGGAGCUGCUCAAAGAAGAAGGCACGUCGAAAUUUGCUAACUUGGACACUAAGAUAAACCACAGAAGACACGUGGGGACUGUGGUUCAGGGUACUGUCCCCUACUUGGGCAUCUUUCUCACUGACCUCACCAUGCUGGAUGCAGCAGUCAAAGACCGACUAGAGAAUGGCUAUAUCAACUUUGACAAACGAAGACGAGAAUUUGAGGUUUUAGCUCAAAUCAAACUCCUACAGUCCUCUUGUAAAAACUGCUCUUUCAUCCGUGACGAGGCUUUUCAACGGUGGUACCGCAGUGUGCCCACUUUGAGUGAAGAGGAGAGCUACAGACUAUCCAAUCAGAUUGAAGGACUGUCGGAACCAAGUCCGAGCCGUUCUUUGAAUCCUACAGUAGUAAUCACGAGCUGCCCAGACAUUCCCCCAUCGGAAACCAGCCCUGCCACUGAGAACGAAGGGAUUUUUGACCUCCCCUCUCCUGUCAAUCACUUGCUUUCUAAACUUACCAAGCACAUGAAAUCACCCUCAGUUUCCUGUCUGGAUGUUGACUCCUCCCCUUCAUCCGCUGAGCAAACCCCCGCCGCAUUGACCCCAUCCACCGAUGUCGUCAAAUCACAUCGUCGCUCAGUUUCCUGUGGCAACACUCCCGCCAAUAACAGCAAAGGGGCUGGGCCAGAUAUGCGAAUCAUCAGAAUACGAAUGGACAUUGAAGACGGAAAUUUAUAUCGCAGUAUACUGGUGACAAGCAAUGACAAAACUCCAUCCAUAAUCAGCGCUGCCUUGGUAAAGCACAAUCAGGACCCCAAAGAGGCCUCCAGAUAUGAGCUGAUCCAGCUGCUGCCUGAUGGAAAAGAGCUGACAAUACCCGCCACAGGAAAUGUAUUCUACGCUAUGAUGUCCUCCAGUGUGGACUUCGAGUUGAGAAGGCGGGGAAUGAGCACACCCCUCGGCCCUCAUUCAUUCAGUAGUGAGACCAGUGCCACCUUCCCACGGAUCAAAGCGAAGGGACGGAGACUGGUUAGGACACUCUUUUGAUCAUCUGGCUUUUCUAACACCAAGCAUCACUGCAAAUUGCACAACUUUGAAAGGAGAUUAUGACAGGACUUUGAAGCAAUGCAGUCUUCCUCCCCCAUUCAUAUCAACUGAUUUUUCCAGGGUUCUGGGAAUUCUUGGUUUUGGAAAUUUCUCUUUCAGCUCAUCACUUGAAAUUUGUGAAGGGCUGAUUAACAUGUGACACCAACAAAGGCCAUUUAAAAAUAUGAUUCCUUUUCAUAAUGGAUUGAGGUAUAGAGACCAUAUUGACCUCAGAAUGUUUACACUUCCAUCUGGUCUGUGUGUGCUGGUUUUUUGUGCUGCACUGGCCUAAAUUCAUGAAUGAACUCAAAUCUAUGACACAGGCAAAAAAAAUCACUCACCCUGUAUUGAUGCCAGAUUGUCCUGAGGAAACUCUAUACAUAUUAGCUGUGAGUCAUUUUACCCCCACAAAUUAGAUCAGUAGUAAAGUAGAGCCCAUGCCACCUGACCCAUAACCAAAGGAUUAUGGGCACAAAUCUCAGAUGAGACACUGGUAUUGUGCACUUGAGAAAGGUACUUCAGUGAUUACCUUCAUGUAAAAUUGCAAGCAUUGUAUACAGGUGUAAACACAAAUACAUAUAAAAAUGAUUUCAAUUCUGUGCAGCUUAAACCACAACCACGUCAUACCAAGUAAUCACAUUUCAGCUGACUCUUUGUCCAGCAGCACCAGUUUUUAAAUCCUUAUUUUGUGUUUGAUAAAGAGAGAUGCCACCAUCUGCUAGGUGAUAUUUUUCAUCUGUGGAUGAGUCAGUGUCUUGCGAUUAUAGGAAGGAAGUGCAGGGAAUGACACACAACUGACAAACAGCUGAGAAAGACUUGCAUUGUGAUAUUGAGUGAUUUAGGAAAUAUGUUCUGUUGGCAAAUUUGCUAAAUGUAUCCCAAGGCUUAAGACAAGCAUUUUAUUUUUUAUAUCACUGUCAUACACUAGCAUUGUUUGUUUGAUAUUUAAAUCUAUAUAUUGUAUAUACAGUAUAAAAAUAUUAUUCAAGUGUGCAGGUGACGUGCAAAAUCUGUUUACAUUUUUUAAAAGCAGUCCACGAAGAAUGUGCAGCAAAUCAGGUGGAUGACAUUAAUAUUUCCCUGCAUAAUAAUAUUAUAAUUCUGUUAUUGUAUUUUCAAAGAUUUAUCUCUGAGCCACUGUGAUUGGUAGAUUGUGAUGCAGGCAGGUUAACAUUGUAAUGCAGUGUACUACAGUGCACAAUUCCAAGAAGACAAACUGGAUAAAUAAGACAUAAAAGUAUGUCACAAAAUGGACAAAAUGGCCAUGUCAAAGUUGCCAUCAUCGAUAGCAUGGUUUCUAGUAUGUUAUUGAAUGGACGUGCUUUAGACACAGCCCAAAUAAGUUAAUGAAUAUAUACUUGGUCCAUACAUACCACGUAUUCAAAGAAAUACAGUACAUAUUAAUAAACCUGAAGUCAGUAAAUUUAAACAAACAAUAUAUUAUUUGAGUUUCAAAUGGUCAUAGCAUAAUAACGAUAACGAUAUAUUCAUGCUGGCAAAAUGCAUUAUAUAUUUGUAUUUAUCCAUGUACAUCUAAUAUAACACCUGGCGGAACACUACCUUGUUGUUCUUUUACAGCAAGUAUAAUUCUGUAGGCACUUAUAACAAAAUCAGCUUUAUAGAAGAACCAAUCUUAGUGGUUCUGUGAAGACACUAUUUCAUUUCUAUUGAUUUGUGGGUCAGAAGACAAUUAAUUCAGUUCUAGCUUAAAAAAAUGUAUUUAAAUGAUUUUUUUAUUAGGCAGUAUCAGCAGUAUGUACCAGAUGAGUUCUUGUGAACCUUGAUUCCUCUGACAGUUGUGCUAAUGAAGUCUCUGUAUUAUUUGAAACUGAGGCAUGAAAUUGGAAGUAUAGGUGACAGGAGUGAUCUUCUGUAAGGUAGGUAUAGCACAGGCAUAUCAACCAGCUGUUUCAAGUGCCUUGUUCUCAGGUGUGCUUACCUCAUUGUGAGUGCUUUAAAAUUUACAGAUUUCUUUAAGUUGUAUAUGUUGUAAAUUCUUACUCUGCUGUGUGUGUGUGUGUGUGUGAGAGAGAGAGAGAGAGAGAGAGUGUGUGUCAUGGUUUAUAAUGGCCUUUUCUGCAGUUAACGUCUUAUUCCCUUGUCAUCUAAUAAAUGUUUCUAUUUUUUA